AUGGCAAACUACACACCCUACACAGGUUCCACUCCUGGCGAGGAGUACUACUACGCCCGGGAACGAUUCCAGUCGGCAACUCCAACUCCCUCCCCUCGGGGCCACUCAUCCUACUAUUACCAAGGCGCCACUCCGCAGCGACCGGCGACUCGCGCGCAUUUCCGCAACGCCAGCAGCGGCUUUAGCGAGUACAGUCCUCGUCCCCCGACGGCGUCGCCUCGGUACACGAGCGAUGGCUACUAUGCCACGGCAAAUGGCGGAUUCACUUACAUUGAGCGCGAUGCUGCCCCUUAUGAGCCGCAACCCCGCUCAUCUCGCCCUACCCCAGCCAACACCCACUCCCGCCGCUCCUCGGCGUCAAUUCCCCAGAGGCCGGCCACCACCCGUCCCACCAACACCACCCAGCAGAAGAAGGCGCCGCCUGUCCGCCAGGCCACCGAGGCGGACGCCAAGAGGCACAAGAUCCCCCCUGGAUACUCCCUCAAGAACUGGGACCCCACUGAGGAGCCAAUUCUCCUACUUGGCAGCGUCUUUGACUCUAACUCUCUUGGAAAGUGGAUCUAUGACUGGACCGUUUUCCAUCACGGACCUGCCACUCCCAUCUCCGACAUGGCCGGUGAGCUCUGGCUCCUGCUGAUCCAGUUGGCAGGAAAAAUCAAGCGUGCAGAUGAGACCGUUGAGCGCGUUCGCAGCUCCGAGAGCAAGGAGAUUCUCGAGGACUUCAUCGACUCAGGCGAGCGCCUGACCGAUAAGCUCCGCAAGCUUCUCAAGACAUGCGAAUCUCCCAUGCUCAAGGCUAACAAGAAGGGUGCUUCCCUCGGCAAGAACGCCGGUGUUGAGUUCGUUGAGACGCUCUUUGGCCGUGAGCGCGAGCUGGACAAGACCGAGAGAUUCAUGCAGGGUGUUCGUCUUUUCAACCUGAGGUUCGAUGCCAACUGUGAGGAUAUCCUCCGGAACCCCACGGCCUAA